GACCUGAGUUCUAGAUCUACUCUGCCAGGCACUUGUUUGACUUUGUGACCCUGAAAAGUCACCUUCUUGUUCUUGGUGUGAUCAUCUACAAAAGAGAAGACAGACUAAUGAACACUGCUGCUAAUAAGUCCUGCUCUGAACAACAUACUCCAACAGUCUCACUUCUGUUCCCCCAAAAGUCCUGCAACUGGGCAUCACUGUCCCUGUUUUCAGAUGAGUGACCUGAGGCUCAGAGAGGGAAGGUAACUUGCUCUGCCUUACACAGCCCAGACCUGAACUCUAGCGUCUCACCGUGAAAUCUGUAACCUUUCUCCCGCACCAUCACAUACCGAAGGCAGGCCUCUGUGCAGAAAACAGGCUGCACAGAAAGAAGAGUGCUUACUUUUGGCGAGCUCCUGUGCGUCACAUCCUGGGCUUCCUCCACUGCUCCAUGCUCUAGUUCUUGCAGAUACAGCGCUAGGAAAAGGGGAGUAAUUCAGGUCUAGAAUGGAAAAACUGUUUUGUUGCUUUCCCAACAGCAUGGUGGUGGAACACCCCGAGUUCCUCAAGGCAGGGAAGGAGCCUGGCCUGCAGAUCUGGCGUGUGGAGAAGUUCGAUCUGGUGCCCGUGCCCACCAACCUUUAUGGAGACUUCUUCACGGGCGACGCCUAUGUCAUCCUGAAGACAGUGCAGCUGAGGAACGGAAAUCUGCAGUAUGACCUCCACUACUGGCUGGGCAAUGAGUGCAGCCAGGAUGAGAGCGGGGCGGCCGCCAUCUUUACCGUGCAGCUGGAUGACUACCUGAACGGCCGGGCCGUGCAGCACCGUGAGGUCCAGGGCUUCGAGUCGGCCACCUUCCUAGGCUACUUCAAGUCUGGCCUGAAGUACAAGAAAGGAGGUGUGGCAUCAGGAUUCAAGCACGUGGUACCCAACGAGGUGGUGGUGCAGAGACUCUUCCAGGUCAAAGGGCGGCGUGUGGUCCGUGCCACCGAGGUACCUGUGUCCUGGGAGAGCUUCAACAAUGGCGACUGCUUCAUCCUGGACCUGGGCAACAACAUCCACCAGUGGUGUGGUUCCAACAGCAAUCGGUUUGAAAGACUGAAGGCCACACAGGUGUCCAAGGGCAUCCGGGACAACGAGCGGAGUGGCCGGGCCCGAGUGCACGUGUCUGAGGAGGGCGCUGAGCCCGAGGCGAUGCUCCAGGUGCUGGGCCCCAAGCCGGCUCUGCCUGCAGGUACCGAGGACACUGCCAAGGAGGAUGCGGCCAACCGCAAGCUGGCCAAGCUCUACAAGGUCUCCAAUGGUGCAGGGACCAUGUCCGUCUCCCUCGUGGCUGAUGAGAACCCCUUCGCCCAGGGGGCCCUGAAGUCAGAGGACUGCUUCAUCCUGGACCACGGCAAAGAUGGGAAAAUCUUUGUCUGGAAAGGCAAGCAGGCAAACACGGAGGAGAGGAAGGCUGCCCUUAAAACAGCCUCUGACUUCAUCACCAAGAUGGACUACCCCAAGCAGACUCAGGUCUCGGUCCUUCCUGAGGGCGGUGAGACCCCACUGUUCAAGCAGUUCUUCAAGAACUGGCGGGACCCAGACCAGACAGAUGGCCUGGGCUUGUCCUACCUUUCCAGCCAUAUCGCCAACGUGGAGCGGGUGCCCUUCGACGCCGCCACCCUGCACACCUCCACUGCCAUGGCCGCCCAGCACGGCAUGGAUGACGAUGGCACAGGCCAGAAACAGAUCUGGAGAAUAGAAGGUUCCAACAAGGUGCCCGUGGACCCUGCCACAUAUGGACAGUUCUAUGGAGGCGACAGCUACAUCAUUCUGUACAACUACCGCCAUGGUGGCCGCCAGGGGCAGAUAAUCUACAACUGGCAGGGUGCCCAGUCUACCCAGGAUGAGGUCGCUGCAUCUGCCAUCCUGACUGCUCAGCUGGAUGAGGAGCUGGGAGGUACCCCUGUCCAGAGCCGUGUGGUCCAAGGCAAGGAGCCCGCCCACCUCAUGAGCCUGUUUGGUGGGAAGCCCAUGAUCAUCUACAAGGGCGGCACCUCCCGCGAGGGCGGGCAGACAGACCCUGCCAGCACCCGCCUCUUCCAGGUCCGCGCAAACAGCGCUGGAGCCACCCGGGCUGUCGAGGUAUUGCCUAAGGCUGGUGCACUGAACUCCAACGAUGCCUUUGUUCUGAAAACCCCCUCAGCCGCCUACCUGUGGGUGGGUACAGGAGCCAGCGAGGCAGAGAAGAUGGGGGCCCAGGAGCUGCUCAGGGUGCUGCGGGCCCAACCUGUGCAGGUGGCAGAAGGCAGCGAGCCAGAUGGCUUCUGGGAGGCCCUGGGUGGAAAGGCUGCCUACCGCACAUCCCCACGGCUGAAGGACAAGAAGAUGGAUGCCCAUCCUCCUCGCCUCUUUGCCUGCUCCAACAAGAUUGGACGUUUUGUGAUCGAAGAGGUUCCUGGUGAGCUCAUGCAGGAAGACCUGGCUACGGAUGAUGUCAUGCUUCUGGACACCUGGGACCAGGUCUUUGUUUGGGUUGGAAAGGAUUCUCAAGAAGAAGAAAAGACAGAAGCCUUGACUUCUGCUAAGCGGUACAUCGAGACGGACCCAGCCAGUCGGGAUCGGCGGACGCCCAUCACCGUGGUGAAGCAAGGCUUUGAGCCUCCCUCCUUCGUGGGCUGGUUCCUUGGCUGGGAUGAUGAUUACUGGUCUGUGGACCCCUUGGACAGGGCCAUGGCUGAGCUGGCUGCCUGAGGAGGGGCAGGGCCCACCCAUGUCACCAGUCAGUGCCUUUUGGAACUGUCCUUCCCUCAAAGAGGCCUUACAGCGAGCAGAGCAACUCUGCUGUGAGUGUGUGUGUGUGUUUUGUUUCUUUUUUUUUUUUUUUACAGUAUCCAAAAAUAGCCCUGCAAAAAUUCAGAGUCCUUGCAAAAUUGUCUAAAAUGUCUGUGUUCGGGAAAUUAAAUCCAAUAAAAACAUUUUGAAGUGUG